AUGUCAAAAACCAUUUUCCUUGACGGUCCGGGAGGCUACGGAAAGACCACUCUAAUUCGUGUCAUCCUCGCAUACGUGAGAAGUGUACGUCAGGUCGCACUUGCAGUCGCCAGCUCCGGGAUCGCCGCGGGUAACAUGCCUGGUGGUACUACUGCACACAGUAUGUUCCGGUUGCCGCUCGACUUCGGUGACGGCACCGGCUUUUGGAACAUUACCAACGACUCCCAGCGAGCAGAGCUCAUCAGAGCCGCAAGGCUUAUUGUCUUUGAUGAGGCACCGAUGGCACAUCGGUUCGUUUUCGAGGUUCUCGACAGAUCCCUGCGAGACCUCAUGCGUUCCAGUGAGCUAUUCGGUGGUAAAAUCUUCCUCUGCUGUGGUGACUUCCGCCAGAUCGCACCCGUCGUCGUGAACGCUCGAACGCCUUCUGACAUUGUUUGCGUUUCACUUCGGGCCUCCCAUCUCUGGCAUCACUCCAAAAUCUUUGCCCUGACGACAGCUCAUCGAACUAGUAGUUCAACUGCCUAUUCAGAUUUCCUUCUCGGGGUAGGCAACGGUACUGUCAGUUCGACCACUUUCUUGGAGGGACGGAACGAACUAAGUCUAAUUCCGCUGCUCGGAAUUAGACAAGUGACGUCUUUGACUGAUUUGGUCGAUUCCGUCUUUCCCGCGAACGUCCUACUCGACUCUGAUCUGUGUUCGCGACGCGCAAUCCUCUCGACUCUGAUAGUGAACGUCAAGGAGAUCAACGGCCACAUCUUGAACUCCCUUGACGGUCAUCUGUGA